AUGUCUCGUAGACUGCGUCAACCUGGACAUCCUAUUAAAGCCAAACGGCUACAUCACAACGGGAAUCAGCCGUCGUCUUCUGUCUUGGACAAUGCCUUCCGUAAUCUCGUUUUUGUCCUUAUCAGGAUUGCAUCUGCCUCUUUCAAGGACUGGGGUCACUGUAGUUCGCUAAAGGGCCCUGAAAUUGAGGCUUCUACGGCGCUGUUGAGGAUUUCACCUCUAUUCGCCUCUCGAACUCAAUACCACUGGCCCGAGGCUAUGUCCGUCCACGACGUUGAGACAGACCGGCGUCGACUCUUCGUCUGGCUAACAUGCUCGUGUGUUCCCUUUUCCACUGUUCACUUUUCCUAA